UGACUGGUAAAAUUUUCCAUACUUCGUCUAUAUUUUUAAUUUGUGACAAAAGUAUUUUAAACUGCUUUCAUAAGAUUCCAUCGUGAUUGAAAAUUAAAAUAUGCCCUCAUCCUAUUCACUAAAUUUAAAAUUAUAAUAGUGUUACCGUAGCUCACGCUCAACAAAACGCCGAAGACUAGCGAGAAUUUUAUACCAGAAAAAACAUUCCCAGAAUUGACUUUUAUAUUUGACUUCUCUCAGUAUGGAAGAACGACAAAAGGAGACAAAAGAUGAGAAGGAGAAGGAGGAAAAGGAACAAGAAGCAUUAAUAAUUGCCACUGCGGAUACCCAACUAGUUUCGGAAAUUACUGCAAGUACUAUGGAUGCUGAGGAAAGCUUAGAUUUAUUGCUUCAGGAUGACUCAGUGAGGGAGCCCUCGUUCAACGAAGGCAAUUUUAUGAGUCACAAUUUGUUGACUUCGGCCUCCACCCCUAUUUGUCCCGCAUCGGCUGUUAAGAGGCUGCUGCAUCUUUCCAAUGAUAGCAGCGAAGAUAACAGAACCCCUCCGAAAAAGCUUCGCACCGAAAUGAUUCCGAAAUUGGCGGUGGUCGACGCAAACCAAGAUAGUGAUGGGGGAUCUGACUCCUGGAAGAGUCACGACGAAAAUCGGCUCAUGAAUCAUCCAUCUGACGCCCACCAAAAAGGUGGCAGCUUUAUCCUGGACACGGGAGCCGCCGACGCCGACGCCGACAGCCACCACAAAAACGACAGCUUUUGCCAGGAGCACAACGGAGCCGGCGCCACCUCCUCCUACGAUUCUCACCAAGGCCACAUUUAUCGCACCGGAAUGUCCAGCGAUAGACUAUUAGACAUGCGCACAUCUCCCACAAAACAGCAGUUGGUGCGCAUGGUGGAGAAUUUGAACAGAAAGAUUGCCAAAUACGAGAACAACUAUCCCUGCUACAACAAGAAUGAGCUAUUGGAGAACUCUGGGAAGAAGUUGACAUUUGUAAUGAAUGCUGUAUGUGUGGUUGAAAUGAAGGAUGAAAACUGUGCUCAUAUCAGGUCGAUCGCCAUGUGUGAAGAGCCCCAUCUGAUGCCAGCUAACACAUAUUGCAGUAACGAGCCUCCGUACCCGGGCUGUAUGGGUGGCCAUCACAACGGUAGUAGCGAUGCUGAUAGAUCUUCCUCACUUACUAACGGCUCAUCACAGGCGAGUGGACCUGGCCCGUUCGAGGUUCCUCAGUUGACUCAUUUGGCGCGGAUGACCCACGACUCUCUCACCUCAUCAACAACCACCUCCUCGUCAGCUGGGGGACGUAACAAUCAGGGCCUCACCGCCGACAACCACAGACACAUCAAACUGUCGUCAGACAAAUUAACGGCGCUGUCAGACAAAUUCGCACAUCACAUGCGGAUGGCCUGUCCCCGCUGUGACUACACGUUCAGCCGUCAUCUGCCACCGACCAAUCACAGUCGAUCUUCCAGCAGCACUGCCUCGCCAUUGGUCGAACUGCAGGAGAAAGCCCACCAAUUCAGGGACACCUUCAACCUGGACACGCCCCCCAUGGAUCUCAAAGCUAAAAAGAGAACGGUAUCGGUUGGAAGUGAAGCUAGAAAGAGUACAAUUACCUCUGGAAAUGAAGCUAAAAAGAGUACAAUGUUGGAUAGGGACACCACAGCUGCUAAAGAGAGUACAAUUUCAACUGAAAAUGAAGCUAAAAAGAGUACAAUUACCUCUGGAAAUGAAGCUAAAAAGAGUACAAUGUUGGAUAGGGACACCACAGCUGCUAAAGAGAGUACAAUUUCAACUGAAAAUGAAGCUAAAAAGAGUGCAAUUACUUCUGGAAAUGAAGCUCCAGAUUGUAAAAAGAGAACGAUUUCGGUUGGGGAAUCUACAGCUGCUAAAGAGAGUACAAUUUCAACUGAAAAUGAAGCUAAAAAGAUUACAAUUACUUCUGGAAAUGAAGCUCCAGAUUGUAAAAAGAGAACGAUUUCGGUUGGGAAAUCUACAGCUGCUAAAGAGAGUACAAUUUCAACUGGAAAUGAAGCUAAAAUUACUAAUAAGAGUCCAAUAACGGCUGGAAAUGAAGGAACCGAUUGUAAAAUGAGUACAAUGACCGUAAGGGAUUCAAUGGCUGCUAAAGAGAGUACAAUUACGACUGGAAAUGUAGCUGCAGGUUCUAAUAAGAGUCCAAUAACGGCUGGAAAUGAAGCUCUAGAUUGUAAAAUGAGUACAAUGUUGGAUAGGGAAAUCACAGCUGCUAAAGAGAGUACAAUUUCAACUGAAAAUGAAGCUACUGCUGUUAAAAACAGUACACUGAAAUCCAGCAAACCUAGAAAUGUUGAAGAGAGUACAAUAACAUCUGGAAAUGGAGCUACAUUAGCUGCAACGAGUAAUGCAGCUAAAGUAUUUGAAGAAAGUUCUUCUACUAUUGAAAAUGAACCUUCAGAAGACAAGAAACCUGUAGUAGCUAAAGAAAGUACUGGAAAUGAACCAAAUUUUGUUAAAAGUAGUACAAUGACGGCUAGGGAAACGGCAGCUGCUAAAGAGAGUACAAUCUCGCUUAAGAGACCUACAUCAACUGGAGAAUAUACAAGCGGUGAACCCCCAGCUGCUAAAAGGAGGACAUCUGAUGAAUACAGCACAAUAGCAGCUGCAAAUGAAGGCAUAUUAGCUAAAAACAGUACAAUGUUUCCUAGCAAACCUAAAUCUGUUAAAGAGAGUAAAAAGACGUCUGAAGAUGAACUUCUAUUAGCUAAAAACAGUACAAUGUUGUCUAGCAAACCGUUGUGUGUUAAAGAGAGUACAAAGACGUCUGAAGAUGAACCUCUAUCAGCUAAAAACAGUACAAUGUUGUCUAGCAAACCUUUAUGUGUUAAAGAGAGUACAAAGACGUCUGAAGAUGAACAUUUAUCAGCUAAAAACAGUACAAUGUUGUCUAGCAAACCUUUAUGUGUUAAAGAGAGUACAAAGACGUCUGAAGAUGAUCAUUUAUCAGCUAAAAACAGUACAAUGUUGUCUAGCAAACCUGUAUGUGUUAAAGAGAGUACAAGAACGUCUGAAGAUGAACCUCUAUUAGCUAAAAACAGUACAAUGUUGUCUAGCAAACCGUUGUGUGUUAAAGAGAGUACAAAGACGUCUGAAGAUGAACCUUCAUCAGCUAAAAACAGUACAAGCAAACUCACAACGGUUAAAGAAGUUUCUAAACAGAGUACAUUGUCGCUUGGAGUGACUAGAGAGAGUCGUAUGAUAGCUAGUCAGCCCACAACAAGUAGUGGCCAUAAAGGUACUGGAAUUCCUUUCUUGUGUUUGGAUACCAGCUCAAUGUCCACAGAUUCUGAUGCUGAAAACUUCUAUUUUCCUCCUAUUCUAGAUGACCCUUCAAUCAGGUCGCAGUUUCUUGACGUGGAGGCUGUGGGUGGUGAGGCAGAGUUCGAUGACGUCACAAAGGGUUGUAAAGCGUUGAUGGGUGACGAGAAAAUGACAAACAAGAGCAAGACAGAGCUAUCGCCUAAUCGUCAGUUUUUGGCGCAGAUGGAACUGAUAAAGAAGGGACCUAUUCCCGAAUCCGGUAGUGAUUUGUUCAAGGGCUGCAGCGUGGUGUUCUCGCGGUGCUUACGUCACAUCGACGUGUGGCGCACUCUGCGGUCGACGGACACCGAGGGAGACAGCGAUCGCGAGUACCGCGCGCCCUCUGAGGACCACAGUCCCAUGGAUGUGCAGCGGCUCACCAGACAGGUGCUAGCCGGCGGUGGACAGGUGUUCUCCCGUCUGCACCAGGUGCCAGGUGACAUGCGACACACCCUCUACCUGGUGACAGACCGGCCAUCGCGGUCCGCGCGCUAUCUCAGCUGUGUGCUGGAUGGAGUCCCAGUGGUCAGCUAUAUGGCGGUCAUAUCGGCCUGCAUUGACAAGCAGCACUUUGGCAGAAUGGUGCAACAGAACUGCGACUUUUGGCUGCCCGUCGGCUGGAGCGAUGAGACAGGUCACAGCAUCCUGCGACACCCUGAGAAACGGCAACCGUUGCUGGGCAAACGAGUGCUGUACACGUGCGGAAACCACGUGACACACCGCUUCUGGCGGGAGAUUUUGGCGCGAAUGGGCGCCCACGUGGUCAGUUUGGCGGGAAACCACCAUGAGGUGGACAUUGUGGUGAGCAGUGAUGCGCAUGCGCAGAGCAAUUACCACGUGCCGGUGGUCAACUGCAAUUGGAUUGUGCAUACGUUGCUGCACGGAAGUUGCAGACGCCAUGAUGCGUCGCCGUUCUAUAGCCCUGAUUACUGUGAUGGGGGUGGUGACUCCUCGUGUUAGCACUUUUAGGUUAGGUCAAGGCCAUAGUGUAUUCGUGUGACGUCAGCACAGGUAGGGCUCCUACACCAAUGAUUUCAGCUGA